CAAUCCGUGACGGUCGCUCCGCGCCCACUCAUCCAUGGCGCACGCAUCCUUUGCAAUCCGUGACGAGGCGUCUCUCAACGUGCUCAUUCCGAUGGGCGGCCGCGGCGAAGUCUUCCGCGAGGCCGGCUACGUCUUUCCAAAGCCGCUCAUCAAGAUUGCAGGCCGGCCGAUGCUCUUCCACAUGCUCGACAACCUGCAGCUGCGGCUGGGCGAUGUGAUCUGGCUCGUCGUGCCGCACUCGAUGCACGGCCAGUACGAGGCCGAGUUUGCGCUGCUGCAGCGGCAGUAUCCUGCUGCCGACAUCCGCGUCGUCACCUUCAAGAUGGUGACGCGCGGGGCGGUCGAGACGCUCUUCAUCGGGCUGCAGCACAUGUCGCCGGCCGAGCUGUCGCGCAAGACCCUCUGCCUCGACUGCGACAACCUCUACUUCUCCGACGUGCUCGGCGCCUUCCGCACGCUCCCGCGCGACACGUCCGCCUGCUUCUACUUCACCGACCGGGGGACGGCGGCGAUCUACUCGUACCUGCGGCUCGAGGAGGGGAGCGGCGCGGUGCUUGAGGUGGCAGAGAAGGUCGCCAUCUCGGACCACGCCAACGUCGGCGCCUACGGCUUUGCUUCCGGAUCGCUCCUGCACCGCUUCGCGCGCGAGGUGCUCGACGACCCUCGGAGAGAGGCGAUGCAUUACUACGUCUCCAACCUCAUCUCGCGCAUGCUCGACCAGGGACGCCCUUUCGUCGGCUUGCCCGCCGAGCAGACGUCGCAGUGUGGCGCGCGACUCUAG